UUUAUACACAAUUUUUUCUCGCUUUUAUUGCUUUACGUAAAACGUCCAAGUUGAGACACUCCCACAAUUGCAAGAGAAACCAACAUAGACUCAGAGGCGUCGUCUAUGCGGCUGCUCCCACGUUUGCUCCCCUUUGCGUUUGGGCCACUAAGCCGCUGCUUUGGGCCAGCAAUUGCUCGACUGUGAUUUCAUGGCAUAGCAAUUCACACUGCCAUUCAGUUUAACUUAGCCACUCGCUUCGUUUUCGUGUUUAUUGAGGCUGCCAAGAAGCGGAAAAAAAUUAGAGCCGCCCCCGACUCGAUUUCUUAGACUAAGAUUAUGCGGCUUUUGUUGCUGCUGGGACUGCUGGCUCUGGCGUUGGCUAGGCCUAAGCAGAUGCUGUUGAUCGACUCGGCGCCUUCGGUGGUCUCCUAUCAGGGCUCCUCGCAGACGCACACGCGCUUUGUGAUUGCGCCCAUGGGCCGUGCCCUGGGCUAUGUGGAGCCAACGAAUGUGAAUCGCACCUUUCAUACGAAUUCCAGUUCCAGCAACGAUUUAGUUGGCCAUGAAGCACUCCAAAUUCGGCCCGUUUACGUGCCCUAAGAAUAUUUGUAAUUAAAUAAAUUUCAUUGAGUUAGGCUGUGUAUUAACCGAUUAUGUCGCUAGCUCGCCGUUAUUCCCGACUGCCAGCGCCUGGGUCGAUGCUGAAGCUGGUGCAGGCGUCGGAGGC